AAGAGAAGAUGGUUUGUCCUUCGCAGUGGCCGUUUAACAGGGGAUCCAGAUGUAUUGGAAUACUACAAAAAUGACCAUGCCAAGAAGCCUAUCCGUAUUAUUGACUUAAAUUUGUGUCAACAAGUGGAUGCUGGAUUAACUUUCAACAAAAAGGAGUUUGAAAACAGUUAUAUUUUUGAUAUCAACACUAUAGACAGAGUUUUCUAUUUGGUAGCAGACAGCGAGGAGGAGAUGAAUAAGUGGGUUCGAUGUAUCUGUGAUAUUUGUGGGUUCAACCCUACAGAUGAGGAUGCUGUGAAGCCACCAGUCAGUUCUUUACAACCGUCUGCUGAAUUACCCUUGCCCAUCAACACUUCACCACCUUCCAUGCAAGCAGAAUCUUCAAUACCUCCUCCUUAUCAGCUUAUUAAUAUCCCUCCACUGGAGUCUUCCUCUGGUCAAGAAGAUCCUCAAGACUACCUACUGCUAAUAAACUGUCAAAGUAAAAAACCUGAACCUAUGAGAUCUCAUGCUGACUCGGCAAAAUCCAGCUCUUCUGAAACAGACUGCAAUGAUAACGUGCCCUCCCACAAAACUCCUGCUCCGUCAGCGAGCAAGCAUGCUGUGAAUGGCUUUUUUCAGCAGCAGGGUGUCUAUGACUCUCCGCCUUCUCGUUCUGGACUGACACUGGCAGACUGCAGCCUUUAUAACCUGCCUAGGAGUUACUCACAGGAUGUUUUACCGAAGGCAGCAUCUCCAUCUGGGACUGAUGCAGAAGGAGAGCAACAUGUUUUCAAUACCCCGACAGCAGCAUCUUCGUUAGAUGCACAGAUGAGACACAUCUCCAUUAGCUAUGACAUUCCCCCCACACCUGGAGGUACUUACCAGAUUCCACGAACUUUUCCAGAGGGAACGUUGUCUCAGACUUCAAAGCUGGAGACUAUUCCAGAUAUUCCUCCACCUCGGCCACCAAAACCUCACCACGCUGCAGAUCGAUCUCCUGUGGAAACAUGUAGCAUUAGUCGCACUGCUUCAGACACUGACAGUAGCUAUUGGCCACCCUCACGCAGUAAUACCAUUUCAACUGUAGAUUUGAAUAUCUUUCGUAAAGAAAUUAGUUCUCAAGACUGUUAUGAUAUUCCACGAACGUUUCCGAAUGACAGAUCUAAUUCAUUGGAGGGCUUCCAUAACCACUUCAAAAACAGAAGCAUGUUGACAGUGGGAAGUGUUUCAAGUGAAGAACUAGAUGAAAAUUAUGUCCCAAUGAAUCCCAACUCUCCUCCACGACAGCAUUCCAGCAGCUUCACUGAACCCAUCCAGGAAACAAACUAUGUACCAAUGACACCAGGCACGUUUGAUUUUCCGUUAUUUGGAAAGCAAGUCCCUCCUCCUGCUCACAUGGGUUUCAGGUCCAGUCCAAAGACCCCUCCCAGACGGUCAGUACCUGCUGCGGAAUGUGAGCCACCACCAGUGGAUCGGAACCUCAAACCAGACAGAAAAGCAAAACCAGCUCCACUAGAAAUAAAACCUCUGCCUGAAUGGGAAGAAUUACAAGCCCCAGUUAGAUCUCCUAUCACCAGAAGCUUUGCACGAGACUCCUCCAGGUUUCCCAUGUCUCCCAGACCGGAUUCAGUUCAUAGCACAACUUCCAGCAGUGAUUCGCACGACAGUGAAGAGAAUUAUGUAUCCAUGAAUCCAAAUCAGUCCACUGAAGACCCAAAUUUGUUUGGAAGCAACAGUCUUGAUGGAGGAAGCAGCCCUAUGGUAAAACCUAAAGGAGAUAAACAAGUAGAAUAUUUAGAUCUGGAUCUAGAUUCGGGAAAAUCUACCCCACCUCGUAAGAAAAAGAGCAGUGGCUCAGGCAGCAGUGUGGCAGAUGAAAGAGUUGAUUACGUUGUGGUUGACCAGCAGAAAACGCUAGCGUUGAAGAGCACACGUGAGGCAUGGACUGAUGGGAGGCAGUCUACAGAAUCUGAAACACCUACGAAAAGUGUGAAAUGAAAAUACUGCUUUUUCUUGAAAGAACAGAAAGGAGUGAAUUUUGAAGAAUUGCAGAACCACAAUGGCAAUGUUGUUGGACUGUACAGUACCUGAUUUCACUGGUGUGUGAAUAGGUUCUUGACCGAAUAGGAUGGAAGCCAAAGGACACUUCAAAUAUAUCAAAGGAAUUUUGAGGUCAUAAAAGUGGCUAUGUGGUCUCUGGAAAAAUUGCAGCCUGUAAAUAACAUGUAAAAUAGUAUCACUUAGCUUUCAGAAAACCUUUUGUUCUGUAGUUAACACAUUUGUAGUAUUACUAUGUUUAUGCACUUUUUCAGUUACAAUGUUGGUUCAGGUAUUCCGGGUUAGUGUACCUUAACGCCUAAUUCAUCUGGAGAAUUUUUUUUUUCCUUACACUACUAUUCCUUACAAUUUUAGGUUAAUUAAGCUACAUGUAGAUACAGAAAUUAAUAUUUGAACUUCAUUUUAACAACUUAAAAUUGAUUUUUGCGGAAAUACUUUCACAAUUGAAUAAUCUACUUGAAAUGCCAAGAGAUGACCGUUAGUUACAUACUUGUUUAUAUUUAAUACAUGCAAGAUUAUUUGGAAGUCUACAGGUUACCUUCCUAACAAAAAUUGCUGUGAGUUAAUAAUAAUGAACUGUACUGGGUUUAGACAUACAAUCCUGGCUUUUAUGUUAGUUAGUAGUGGUGGAACUUCUAUUGUAUUUUAUUAAUGACAGUGUUCUGUGUUCAAUGGGUGAAGAUUCUGCAGGGUGGGAUCUUACACUUUUAAAGACUGAAUAAUUAAAUAUCAAGUAAGCCUGCAAACCACUGAUGGCAUGCAGUAAAAUUGUGAUCUCACAUGUAUUAACAUGAAAUAACCUUUAUAUUAUUUACAGAAGGUAGAGUAUAUAAAUCAGGUACGUACCAAGCACUGUUGUGCUAAUUCACUGAUCAGGUUUAGACAAUGAGCUUUAGUUUUUUACUGUUUAGAAGUUCUAAUGUCAGUUUUGAGUUCAAGAUAAAUGGGACAGUUUGACAUUCACUGUUUGUAGUACUAGCAAAAUACUGUGAUUUUGAAUUAGACAUUAAUUCAAAUGGAAAUACUAUGUUUUGACACCAUAGUGCCCUUCUUACGAUCUCUGUUACUUUAAUCUCCUGCUUGGCCUUAUAUUUAAAUCCCUAUGCAACUGAUAUUUUAUAUCUCUGUUUUUAAAAAUUAGAUAACAUACUUAAAUGAUCCCACUUGUUGCUCUUUCCUGGUACAGGAUUUUAAGCUCUGUAUACUGUGAUCUUUUAUUUUACUAUGCCAGUUCCAAAUAAUAAUCUGCCUUGGUUUA